AUGGCCCGGCCAUCCGCUUCUCGUCAGCCGGCCGUAGGAUCGGCGACCGGACGACCGCGAGACGUCCGUCCACAGGCACCCUUCCCGCUGCAGACGAGGGACGGCCAGAUCGGCGUCCCCAUCUCGAGACCGUCGCCAGCUCCGCAAUGGCCGUUACCGGAAUCCAUCAUACCACCUACCCAGGUCGACGGCGAGCCGUUUCGACCGCCACAGGGGAACUCACAGCCGCCUCAACGACCCCCGCGCCCGAGCAGGGUGCCUUCGAUAUUGGACGCCUCCAAGGUGCAGGACCACACCCCAGUUUUUCAGUAUAGACCCCAAUCCGGGAGGGAAUCUACAGGCCAGGAGUUGCUGGCAGUCCCAGAGACCCCGUCGAGCGCCUCACGGCCCUCCACCCUAUCGUCCGUUGGAUCGAUCCCCGACUUUCCGCUGCCCGCGCAAAUACCACCGGGGCCACCGCGGAGGAGUGUUAAUCUCGGACCGCCACCGUCCGCGAGGCGGGGCGCUUCCUCGUUUUACUCCAACGCCUCGUUCGUCUCCCCGAUCCCCGAGGAGAGCCCGCGGACUCGGUCCCACGCCUCGUUCGCCUCGAGUGCUGCGAUGCCGGAUAAUUGGGGCUCGCCUUCGCCAGGACCGAGCCCCGAUUUUCCGGACCCGGUGUAUGGGGAAGGGAUUGCGGAGGAGGGAUACGGAGACGAUGAUGCGGAGGAGAGCCGGCUGGUAAGGAGCGCCAGUAUAGGGAAAAGAGCGAAACCCACGUUGGUGACCGCGGCCACUCCCCGGGGAGCGGAUACGGCGGGCCGUGAUCAGCGGCCUGGGCCGCAACCAGUUCAAGGGCCUUUCAGGGAUGGGACAGGUUACUUGGAAAACUCGAGCUCGUCCGGCACGAUCCCGGUAGUGGCGAGGCUCCCCAUUGGCAUGGCCGUGACGCCCGACACCAUGCUGAACGCUUAUUCCUCUGCGAGUGCCGACGACCCGUCAACGACUUCUCAGCGAACCACACCAUCCCCCGACGAGGCCUCUACGGGGGCCCAGACCUACAGCCGGUUUUCGGCGAUACGGCGGCCACCGCGUCUGGAUAUGGAUGCGGUGCGCAAGGCCGAGGCGAGGGGGAGUUUGACAAGUCUCCCGGACCUCAUCCGUCGUGCAACGAGAUUGGCCGCAAGCCUAGAAAAGGGGAGGAGACCGGCCAGUCGGUCCGAUGAACUGGACGACUUCCCUGACUACCCAUACGACGGGGAGAAACACCGGUCUGGCCUCUCCGAUAUGCUGGCGGCGUUCCCCCCACCAGCACAUUUAGCAGCAACCAAUACCCGGCGCAGCUUCCGGGACAGCAUCCGAGAACAGGUCCAAUCAUGGCCUCUCCCUCUUAAUUUUAAUCGUACCCUCAACACGUCACAACAGGCUGUCCCAACGAGCGACGCGCAAUCGUCAACUGGGAAACGGAAACGUAGAUGCUGCGGCCUCCCCUGCUGGGGGUUCAUCUUGCUCGUGAUUGGCCUCCUGCUCGUGGUCGCCGCUGCGGUGGUGAUCCCCGUCGAGUUCUUGGUCAUCCAAAAGCAGAACGGAAACAGCCAGGCACAGGAAGAACUCCGGCAAUGUCAACAACAACUAGCAUGUGCCAAUGGAGGUACUAACGUGGUAAAUGAAGGAGUCUGCUCCUGUAACUGCGCCGACGGCUUCUCCGGUUCCGACUGCACUAUUGCCAACGACGUCAGCUGCGCGACCAUCACCCUGACCGGCUCUGACGACAACAUCUCGAUCGGCGACGCCAUCCCCCGGCUCAUCAACGAAGCCCAAACCAACUUCUCCAUCCCCCUUUCCGCCCCGGAAAUCAUCUCAAAACUCAACACCCAAACCCUCAGCUGCUCCGCCCAAAACGCCCUCGUCACCUUCAACGGCCGCGCGACCCGCGCCGAGCUCAGCGCCCUCAACGCCCAAGCCGCCAGCGACGCCAGCGACAAUUCCGGCCCCGACGUCGUCAACGCCAACGCCGCAGCCGUCAUCAUCGACGGCGUGCUCUACACCACCAUCACCAUCGUGCUCGCCCCCCUCACCACCUUCACCCUCUCCGACCCACCAUCCCCAACCGGCGGCGGCACCACCUUCACCACCAGCCUGAACUCCGACGGCGACUUCGCCACCACCUUCUCCCUCACCCGCCAACCACCACCGCCACCACCACCGUCACCCACCUCCUCCCCGUCCCGCACCAGCAUGGUCACCACCACAAUGACCAUGUCCUCCGGCACGGCCCGCCCCUCCCCCACGGCACCCGCCUUCGCCGCCGACGAGGAGGCGCUCGACUUUGCGCGCGUCGCUGUGCUGCUUGUCCUGCAGGAGGACGGCCUCGGCGGGGCCGAGGCGGCGCAGGUCGCGCUGCAGCGCUUCCUGGGCGGCGGCGGCGGCGGCGGGGGGCGCGGCGGGGUGGAGGCUGCGCGGAAUGUUACGGUGGGGGGCGGGAGGAGUGUGGAUUUGGUGCGGUUUGUGGUGGAUUUGGGUGAGGCGGGCGGGGGGAGGAGGGUUGGGAGGGGGGUUGGUGGUGGUGGUGAGGUGAAGAGGGACCUGGAGGUGCGUGGGUUGUUGGCGGCGAGGAGGAGGUGGGGGUGGGGGUUGGGGGGGUGA